AGUGAAACUACCCAUCUAGGCAAGUGCAAAAAACCUUUCAAAAGGCUUUUCUGGAUGUGGGAAGGGAAGGGAGUGAGGGAGAAGAGAUGAGUGGAUACUCCAGAGCGACAUAAAGAAUUUCCAGCCUUGGACGGACUUUUGGGAACGACUUCCAGGGGCUGGUGUUUACAGGCGAGGCGGGAAGCUCGGCAGACCUUGGAUUUUGGCGGGUGAAGAGGCCAGGUUGUUGCAGGAGGUGGGGCGCGUUUCAGUGGCUCUCUUUGAAAAAGCCCAGCAAGAUGUCAGACCUGCUCUCAGUCUUUCUCCACCUCCUCCUUCUAUUUAAGCUGGUUGCCCCGGUGACCUUCAGCCACCACCGCUAUGAUGAUCUUGUACGGACACUGUACAAGGUGCAAAACGAAUGCCCCAGCAUCACACGGGUCUACAGCAUUGGGCGCAGCGUGGAGGGGAGACACCUCUAUGUGCUGGAGUUCAGCGACCACCCUGGAAUCCACGAGCCCCUGGAGCCAGAGGUCAAGUAUGUGGCAAACAUGCAUGGCAACGAAGCGCUGGGCCGUGAGCUGAUGCUGCAGCUGUCGGAGUUCCUGUGUGAGGAGUUCCGGAACAGGAACCAGCGCAUCGUCCGGCUCAUCCAGGACACGCGCAUUCACAUCCUGCCAUCCAUGAACCCCGACGGCUAUGAGGUGGCUGCCGCUCAGGGCCCAAACAAGCUUGGGUAUCUAGUUGGCAGGAACAAUGCAAAUGGAGUGGACCUGAACCGCAACUUCCCUGAUCUCAAUACCUAUAUCUACUACAAUGAGAAGUCCGGAGGCCCCAACCACCACCUGCCCCUUCCAGACAACUGGAAAAGUCAGGUGGAACCUGAGACCCGGGCGGUGAUCCGAUGGAUGCACUCCUUCAACUUUGUCCUUUCAGCCAAUCUCCACGGAGGGGCGGUGGUGGCCAAUUACCCGUAUGACAGGUCCUUUGAGCACCCGGUCCGAGGGGUCCGCCGCCCCGCCAACACCCCCACGCCUGAUGACAAGCUUUUCCGGAAGCUGGCCAAGAUCUACUCCUAUGCACACGGAUGGAUGUACCAAGGUUGGAACUGCGGGGAUUACUUCCCAGAUGGCAUCAUCAAUGGGGCUUCCUGGUAUUCUCUCAGCAAGGGAAUGCAAGACUUUAAUUAUCUCCAUACCAACUGCUUUGAUAUCACGCUGGAACUGAGUUGCAACAAGUUUCCCCCACAAGAGGAGUUACAGCGGGAGUGGCUGGGUAAUCGGGAAGCCCUAAUCCAGUUCCUGGAAGAGGUUCACCAGGGCAUCAAGGGAAUGGUGCUUGAUGAGAAUUAUAAUAAUCUUGCUAAUGCUGUCAUUUCUGUCAGUGGGAUUAACCAUGAUGUCACUUCAGGUGAUCAUGGUGAUUACUUCCGGCUGCUGCUUCCAGGUACCUACACUGUCACUGCCAAAGCACCUGGGUUUGACUCACAGACAGAGACUGUGACCGUGGGUCCUGCGGAACCAACAUUGAUGGAGUUUCACUGUUGUUACCCAGACUAGAGUGCAAUGGCACGAUCUUGGCUCACCGCAACCUCCACCUUCUGGGUUCAAGCAAUUCUCCUGCCUCAGCCUCCCGAGUAGCUGGGACUACAGGCGCGCACCACCAUGCCCAGCUAAUUUUUGUAUUUUUAGUAGAGACAGGGUUUCACCUUUUUGACCAGGAUGGUCUUGAUCUCUUGACCUCAUGAUCCACCCGUCUCGGCCUCCCAAAGUGCUGGGAUUAUAGGCAUGAGCCACAGCGCCCAGCCUUCCUCUUCUGUUUAACAUAACAUAGUGAUUUAAAGCACUGCCUAGUUCUAAAUUCAGCUCAUUUACCCACAGACCUUGGACAAAUUACCUAAUCUCUCUCCUUCUCAGUUUCUUUCUCGGUAAAUUGGUAAUAAUAGUGCUUCCUUCACAAGAGGCUGAAAUGAGAAUGUCCACAUAAAGCCAAAUCAAUGUAUGUAGGGGCCAAAUCAACUCUCAAAAGGCAGAUAAAUUAGAGAAAAGGUAUACCAAUUUAUUUAAUGUGCAUGCACAGGAGCCUACAGAAUGAAGACCCAAAGAUACAGGGGAGAUUGUCCAUUUUUAUGCUUAGGUUCAACAAAUUAGAUACAGCUAGGUAUAAAUGCAAUUGGACAAAAAGGUAUCAGCUAAUGCUAUGUACUGAGUGAAGAAAUCUAGCAAGGCCUGUCUGUCCGGAUUCUUCUGGGCUCUCUGAGCAUGCAUUUCUUCCUUCUGGGUAUGGGUCAGUAUCCUCUCUGAAAAAAGGGUCUUACGACCUACAGUCAAACAAGGUAGAAUCUUAUGACUUAUAGUCAAACAAGGUAGGUUAGAUAGGUUCUCCUCCUCCUCCUUCUCUUCCUCCUCCUCUUCUUCUUUCUUUUUUCUUCUUUCUUUGUAGAGACAGGGAGUGACUCUGUCCCUCAGGCUGGAGUGCAGUGGCACAGUCAUGGCUUACUGCAGCCUCAGACUCAAGAGAUCUUCUGCUUCAUCUUCCCAAGUAUCUGGUACCACAGGCACAUGCCACCAUGCCCAACUAAUUUUUUUUUUUUUUUUUUGAGACAAAGUCUCACUCUCUUGCCCAGGCUGGAGUGCAGUGGCUCGAUCUCAGCUCACUGCAACUUCUGCUUCCUGGGUUCAAGUGAUUCUCCUGCCUCAGCUUCCCAAGUAGCUGGGACUACAGGCUUGUGCCACCAUGCUUGGCUAAUUUUUGUAUUUUUAGUAGAGAUGGGUUUUCACCAUGUUGACCAGUCUGGUCUUGAACUCCUGACCUCAAGUGAUGCACCCUUCUCGGCCUCCCAAAGUGCUGGGAUUAUAGGCAUGAGCCACCGCACCCAGCCCAAUUUUUGUUGUUUUUUGUAGAGACGGGGUUCUCUAUGUAGCCCACUCUGGAGUACAGUGGUACAGUCAUGGCUCACUGCAGCCUUGAACUGCUGGCCUCAGGAGAUCCUUGCACCGCGGCCUCUCAAAGCAUUGGGAUUACAGUCGUGAGCCACUGUACUCCUUCAGCCUAGACUGUGCUCUGACUAAAUCAGAUAAAUUCUUUAAGACCAGUUUUUACAGAGAAGGGCAGUGGGCUUACAUUCUUCUGUGCCACCGGCAAGGACUGUCACCAGAGGGCGCUCUACCAUCCCUUCUGGUGAUCCGUGGGCCCUGAUGUUGCUUUCCACUCAAUGCUGCAAAGAGCCAGCUACUCUUCAAGAUUCAACUCUCCAGGGCUUUAUUUUAUAGAUAGGAUGAGAAGCAGAGAACUUCUUUGAUUUUACAGCCUGGACCUUUUCAGUUUUGGUUGUAUUAGGACCUCAGAGCUAAAGGAGCUCAGGGGUCAUGGACACUAAUCCCCAGAUUUCUCAAAGGAGGACAAAAUAAUGAGGCAGUCCUACUUAACGGCUAUCUACAAUCUCAUUUCCCAAAAGUCAGCCUUUCCUAGGGCCGCCUCAUGCCUUCUGUACACAACCCUAGAGCUUAGUAGACCCUCCCACCCGCUUUCCCAAUUAACAUGAUGCAGUCAAGGCACGCUUGUCUUUUACUAUUUAUUGAAUAGUUACUGUGUGUGACGUGCUAUGAGAGCUUUCCAGCACUGUCUCAUUUAACCUUCACAACAACCCUGUGAGGUAGAUGCAAGUAUCCCCAUUUGCGGCUUAAAGAAGAUAAAAGAAACUUGCAUAAUAUCACAUAGCAAGUUGGUGGGAGCCAGGAUUUGAACCUACAUCAGGCUCUCUGGCUUCCUUCUUAGCCAGUGUGUUACAGGACCUCAUACUAAGUGUACAACCUGUGUUUGUAGCUCCUUAUGAUAACUCAAGGAUCAGGGGAGAGAACUAUGCUUUGAACCCUUUGAGAAUUCCUCUGGAAUUUCCAGAUGGUUUCUUCGUCCAUCUCCUCCUCCCCCAGUCCCAUCUCCUGAAUAAUGUAAAUUACUUCUCGUUACAGUUGCUGGAAACAGAGAGUAAAUCUUUCACUGUAGCCUAUUAGCUGAUCUGGGGUCCUCUUUCCUUUUUAUCUUGUUAUAUCCUAAAAUUGAAUGACUGGUAGGCAGUUACAUAUGUGAGUCUUGCAUUACCAGCAAGUCUGUUCAAUGCCAAAUUCAAACAACUGCAUGUCCUCUUGAGUAGCACACUCGAUUUCAAAGGAUUUUGCCCCCUUUUUCACAUAUUCUUUAAAUUAAUGUCAUCAUUACAUCAAAUAUACUCAGAGUAGAAAAGAAAUCUGUCAUUUGGAUACAAUUUCCAGGCACAGUAACAACUAAAAAUCCAUUUAUUGAUCACAAAGCAAUCUGUCUCCCUCCCCAGUCUAAAGCAGAUAGCCAUCUGACUGGGAAAGAAAAAAGGAAAAAAAGAUUGGCCAGGUGUGGUGGCUCAUGCCUGUAAUCCUAGCACUUUGGGAGGCUGGAAUGUAAUGUCACUUGAGGUCAGGAAUUCGAGACCAGCCUGGCCAACAUGACGAAACCCUGUCUCUACUAAAAAUACAAAAAUUAGCCAGGUGUGUUAGUGCAUGCCUGUAAUCCCAGCUACUUGGGAGGCUGAGGCAGGAGAAUUGCUUGAACUCAGGGGCAGAGGUUGCAGUGAGCUGAGAUCGUACCACUGCACUCCAACCUGGGCAACAGAGCAAGACUCCAUCUCAAAAACAAAACAGAAAACCAGAUUGUUUACUACAGGGUUUCCAUAGUAGAAUUAAGAUGCUUUAAAAUAUCUCGGCCCCCGUGUGGUGCCUCACACCUAUAAUCCCAGUACUACUUUUGAAGGCUGAGGCUUGAGGAUCACUUGAGCCCAGGAGUUUGAGACCAGCCUGGGCAACAUGGUGAAACCCUGUCUCUAUAAAAAAGUACAAAAAUUAGCCAGGCGUGAUGGCGUGCAUGUGUAGUGCCAGCCACUUGGGCAGCUGAGGUGGAAGGAUCACUUGAACCCAGGAGAUGGAGGCUGCAGUGAACCAUGAUUGCACCACUGCACUCCAGCCUGGAUGACAGAGUAAGACCUUAUCUCAAAAUAAAAAUAAAACAUCUUCCUGGGCCCAAAAUAAAAAUAAAAUAAAAUAUCUUGCUUUUUCCCAAGGCCUUCCACAUGGCGCCACUCCUUUCCUUUCCCUUGCCUCAUUUUCUUGUCUCUCUUCUCUCUUUUUCUGUCCUAGAUUCCUGUGUUACUAAACAGGAACUGGUAAAUAAGACAGUACAGUUGGCUCUGAUUCUCCCCUCCCCACCCCUGGAGGAACUAGCAGAAAACCUGGCUAUGAAUUUUUGUGGAAGGAGCAGGAAAUAACCCCAUAGAGAGGCCUCUCAGUCAGCGGCAUGUUUUUUAACUCCCAGCUGGCUUCAGGGGCUCAAGCUGUUCCAAGGGUGGGAAAGCCCAGGCCUGCCCCAGGGGAGUGUGGUUAGGAUACUGUGCCACUCCCUCUCCUUCCUCUUCAGCCUGGGAUAGUUCUAUGGCUCUUCCACGCCCAGAAUGUCCCACAUUUGUCAGUGAAAAGUAUCUUUCCAUCACUUGCUGUGGCCAGAAGAGAAGUUGCAAUGCAGUGCUUGAAAGGAUGCAUUAAUGCACAUGGAAAUUUCGAGUUUAAGAAUCCAAGCAGGGUGUGGUGGCAUAUGCCGGUAGUCCCAGCUACUCAGGAGGCUGAGGCAGGGAGACCUCGAACCCAGGAGUUCGAGUCCAGCCUGGACAACAUAUCAAGAACCCAUCUCUAAAAUAAAAUUUAAAAAAAGGGAAAAUAAAUGAGUCCAACCAACUCUCUUUAUCGUCUCUACUAUCUAUAAAAUCAAACAAGUAUGGAAGAAGGUUGAGUUCUGAAGCACGGUGAUACUUACUGGCAUGCCUGAGCAUGGCACCUGUGAGUCACCCAGGCGGCAUGAAGACUAUUACAGUGCCAUCAGUCAUGGCUCUUGUCCUAAGUGGUAAUAUUGGUGAAAUUGUGAUUUGAUGUGUAGAUAUUUUUCCUUUCUUUUUUUUUUUCCUUUGUUUCUUUUGAAAUGGAGUCUCAUUUUGUCACCCAGGCUAGAGUGCAGUGGCAUGAUCUUGGCUUACUGCAGCUUCUGCCUCCUGAGUUCAAGCAAUUCUCAUGCCUCAGCCUCCCAAGUAGCCAGAACUAUUAGGCAUGUGCCAUCAGCCCAGAUAAUUUUUGUAUUUUUAGUAGGGAUGGGGUUUCAUCAUGUUGGUCAGGCUGGUCUCUAAUUCCUGACCUCAGGUGUUCUGCCUGCCUCAGCCUCCCAAAGUGCAGGGAUUACAGCUACCACCUGAACUAUUUUUUUCUUUUUAAUUUUUAUUUUUGACAUGGAGUCUCAGUGUGACCCAGGCUAGAGUGAAGUGGCAUAAUCUCGGCUCACUGCAGCCUCCACCUCCCAGGUUCAAGCAAUUCUCCCACCUCAGCCUCCUGAGUAGCUGAGACUACAGGUGUGCACCACCACGCCUGGCUAAUUUCUUUGCAUUUUUAGUAGAGACAGGGUUUCACCAUCCUGGCCAGGCUGAUCUUGAACUCCUGACCUCGGGUGAUCCACCGCCUCAGCCUCCCAAAGUGCUGG